AUGUGUGUGCUGGCUGAGAUAUCGGUCAGGGCCGACUUCGGAUUCGUUACAGACGAGCACACCAUUCUUCGGUCAUGGGCUGUGAAAGACUUCGCCCCAGCCGUAGCUCAAUACGUUCAAAUUUUCAGGCCAGAGAAUAAACUCCAUGUUAAAUUUGCUGAAUACGUAGUAUGCGAAGACGAAUUCAAGUACGCCCUGUUAGCUAAUAAUUGCACUUGUCCAGGUGCAUCUACACUGGUGACGUUGCUUUUACACACAUCUAGAGGACAGGAAGGCCAACAAUCACAAGAAGAAUGGCAUAGGCUCUACGGCAGGUGUUCGGGAAAUGAAAUUUAUCAUAUCAAACUAGAAGACAGCCGUUUUUUUGGUGAAUACGAGGGAAAGAGUUUUACGUACGCCAGUUUCCAUUCACAUAGAAAAUACGGGGUGGCUCUAGUAGGUGUUCGACCUGCUCAACUACCCGAAUUCUAUGAAGACACUAUAUUAUUAAACCCUGGUCCACGUCACAUAAUGAAAAAGGACGAUACCUGUUAUUACAUGAGUAUAACCAAGGAAGAAAACUCCGCAUUCAGUGUCGCCAAUCAGAAGCCGGAUAACAAUAAUGUAUCUGGGGAUCCACUGAUUGUUACCACCAAGGAUGAGAUCAAGUCCAUUGGAAAUCUAACAACUUCUAAAGACGGUACCAGCCCUCCUCAACUUAUUCUGCAAGUCCCUACCUGUGUCAGUGAGUGUUGUCGCAAGCGCAUGGCUAGUUUUUCAUCAAUUUUAUGUUUCUCAUCUUAUUAUGGGAAAAAAUAGUUCAGAUGUUGGGAGUUCAGCGGGGUGCGACUAGCAUGGGAUCAUGAAUUUCAGAACAUAUUACAGUUAUUGAUCAUCCAAUGAUAUG